GCUCUGGCUCCCUGUCGAUCCUGGACUCUUGGGCCCUUGGAGCCCUAAUGGGCGCUGGAAGCGGGGCGGUUCCUUCCAGGCCCGGUCGCGGCUCCCCUGCCCGGCACCAUGGACGCCCUGCCCGUCACCUCCGGGGAGCUGCUGGCCCUGGCCUCCAGCCUGGCCUUCUCCGGCCUCUUCUAUUACCUGUACAGGAAGAAGGCCAAGGCGCUGGCUCGGAUCCAGGAGGCCCCGAAGCUUCAGGUAGACGAUGGUCUGCCUGACCUGCUGUCUGCCACCAGUGGUCAGUGCCUGCAUUAUGUUGCCUUGGAAGGGAUUGUCCUGCCAGCAAAAGCAGCUCUAUCCAGCCAGCACCACGAGGAGCUGCAGGGAGUGAUCCAGAAACUAGUUCUGAAGGAGCAUCGACUGAUCUGGAACAGCCUAGCCCGGAGUUGGAAUGAAAGUGAGCGGGUGGUUUCGGAGCAGGUGUACACGGUGCCCUUUGUCCUGGCAUCUCCCAGUGCUGAAGCAGUGACACGGGUGAGUGUAGAGAGCCCUCUACGGGCUGUCCAGCUGCCCCUGGAGACCGUGUAUGAGCGCUUCCAGCACCCAACCCACGGCUUCAAAGACAUGAUCAGUCACUACCUGAGCGGGGAGAAGCCCAAGGGCCUCUUGGAGACAGAGGAGAUGCUGCGAGUGGGGGCAAGCCUGACUGGCAUCGGGGAGCUGGCCAUGCACCCAGAUGGGACUCUCCACCUGCAGCCCCCAGCUGAUGGGUCCAGCUACUUUCUGCACCUGGGGGACUGGCAGACGCUGCUGGCGGAGAUGGAGUCAGUGAGCAGCUUCUGGAAGGGGGCAGCAGUGCUGUGUGGCUUGACAGGCGUGGCGGUGAUCCUGUACGCCCUCUGCCAGGCCUAUCAGCAGCGCCGGCACAAGCAGGAGGAGCAGCAGCGGGAGUUUGAGGCCCUGUGGGGCAACGGGGACAUUGCAACUGAGUCUGGGGAGGAUGUGUUGGAGGACGCCUGCAUCAUCUGCCUGACACGGCCCCGCGAGUGCGUCCUGCUGUGCUGUGGCCAUGUCUGUUGCUGCUUCCGCUGCUACGAGGCUCUGCCUAGCCACACCUGCCCCAUCUGCAGGAGUCCUAUAGACAGGGUAGUGCCCCUCUACCAGGCCUGAGGGGGAGAAGGGGCUUCAAAUGGUACCAGGGCAAGAGCAGUGGAGUCCCUGGCACUAGGCAGCACCACUGUGCCCAUAAAACCCCAGCAGCUUGGGGGGCAGUGUGUGAACCACAAGUGUGUGGUGACUUGGGAUGUGAGCUCACAACCCUAGGGUGGGUGGGGGGAAAUGCUGCAAGCACUACCUCCUAGGCUGGGUUUGAGGGUGUGCUCGUGAUCCCCCUCUUCAGUGCUGGUCACAUGGUGAUUGGAGUAUGUGGCCUGAAUUAGCAUCACUCAGCACGAUGCUCUUGCUGAGUUUCCCUCUCUCACCAAACCUCAUAGUGUGUCUGUUCCCAGCAGUCCUAGCUCUGCUAGGAGAGUCUGGUGGGAACUAAUUUCCUCCAAAUCUCUUCCUGGGUCCGGCCUUCUCAGUGCUGACCCCAGGAAGAGGUUGACUGGAGCCUAGCAGGCCUGCGGUGCAAUGCUCCCUCAGUGGCUGGGGAUGCAGUUCGGACACAGUGGUUUUGCUCCUGCGAAGGGGUCAGAUUUUACACUAGAGUUUAUUUUUCUAGCACGUCUUUGUCACUGCUGUCCAGCUAACAUGCUGGGGAGAGGCUGGCAGAAGCUGGGGGUGGAGACAGGAGGUUCAGGGUAGUUUGGGGCUGUGGGCUUGAGGGCAGAGAGAGCCCAGCUGAGGGGGCAGCAUGCAUUGCACAACCGAACAGCCAGGGUUGGUGCCUUCUGUGCCUGAUUUCCUCUGACUAGGCCCAUGCAGCGUGUUACACAGGCAGCAGCAGUUUGUGGUGUUUGUGUGGGGCGGGGGGGAUGUUUGUCUUUCCCUCACGAUUUCCUGCGUGAGGGCAUCGAAUUGAAGAGGUUUCCCCUGUGAGUGAGGCCAGCAGCUGGGGCCCUGUGCCCCCCUCACCAUCCAACUCUUAAACCCCCUUUACACCCACAUGUGGGAGUUUGAGGCAGUGCCACAGCUGAAGCAUGGGAGGGUGGCUUGCAGCAGCCCUGGCUCCCGACUGCCCCCAGCUGUUGGAUCCCAGGAGGAGAACAGCCCUCUGCUCCCCUGCUUAAGCCGGAGGACUAGAGGAGCCACAGUGGAGGCCCUCCCCAAGGAUUGGGGUGGGUUAUGUUUGGCCUCUCAAUUAAAGUGCAGGUGGAAGUCUGCCUGCAAGACUUGGGCUGCCUGGCUGGAGCACUGUCUUCCUGCCCAGCUCCCAGGACGAGCCUUAGCUGCAAGGGGGACUCACUGAAUCAAUGUUGGUCAUUAUUUAUAAAGAGACGGAUCAGAGGCUGGGCUUGUGUCUUUCUUUAAGCCACACACUAGUAAAAGAAUGAGCUAACUUUUAAGAGGGGUAGGAGGGACAUAGCUGCUGUGUGGAUCACCUAGAGAGGCCCCCGGGGGAGAAAUGCUCUACCACAGUGCAGGACUGCAGGGCUUUCACAGGAUCGCUCUCUCAGGAGGCAAGUUACUCAUUACAUAUCUUUGUACUCACCCCGCCCCACUUACUAGCUGGUUUUCAAUACUCCAGCCCCACAGGUAGAAAACAAUUCAGCAGCCCCAAGCAACAUAGGAAUGCAGAUGAAACCCCAGCCGGGAGGGGAGAUCCCCGCAGGUACUUACCGGCAGGGAAGGAGAUGCAGCAUGUUACAAAAUGGCUACUUUAGGGGUGCGUUAAUUUGGCUCACCCAUAUUUAAAGGGCCAGCCCCAGAAAGACAUGCUGGGAAAACAGCUCCUCUAAAAGGUGACCCUGCACAGAGGAAACUUAGGACAUGUCUUUACAGCAUAGUUACCCUGAGUGCUUAGUGCCUGGGUUAGCCUAGCCCAGCUGUGAGCAUCCCCACAACAAAGCUCUUCCCCAUAGUACUGCAGCCUCAGUGUUUCCCCACUCACCUGUGUGUGGCUGGGGGCAGAGCCCCUGGGGCUUUGCGCUGAGAUGCUCCAGGAUUCUGGUCCAGCGAACAGCAGGAGACCUUGGCUGUUCUUGGGGGAUGUUUGUUGGCAGGCACUGGAGGACAUCAAUACGAGUCAUUUUGCCUGCAGCCUCACUGCAAAGUGGGCAGGUUCCAGCCCAGGUUAAACCAGGGCCCUGGGCUCUAACCCCCCCUGCUCCCCAGCUGGGUAAACACCUGGGCACAAAGCCCCACCAACCCUGGGUCAGGUGGGUUUUUUUGUGGGAGUGGUGUUGGGCUAAAACUCAAGUCAGAGCCUGGGAUCUCUGGUGCUGACUUACCCUUAGCAGAGAGCAGGUAGUCACUGAGGAUGGUGCUGCUGGGAAAGCUUGUUGCUGUUCCAUCACACUCCUUCUCCAGCCCUUCCUUUGCAUAGUGAUGAUAUUUCCUUGGGCCCCCUCCCUCUAUAGAAGCUCCCCUUCCCCAGGUGGUCUGUCCCCCAGGGGCUGGGGGGUCCCAAGAGCUCCCCACUCAGUGGCUGCGCAGAUGGAGCGAUGAGUCAGGUGCAAGAGGCCAGGAAGUUCACCAGCGGGUUCUGGCUCUUAUGUCCUGGGCCUGUGUCGGUACUGCUGGGCCCUGCUUGUUACUAGCCGCCUACUCAGUCACCUCACAGCGGUGAGUCUCAAAACCCCACAGCGCCUGCAACUGCAAACAUCCUCUGGGCACCUGAGGCUGGAACGUAGCUGCCUCCCUGGGCAGUACGGAGGGAGAGGGUGACUCCUGCGGCCACAAACCCCAUGUUCCCGGCUCGGUGGGGGCAGCAUAGAAUGGACUCCCACCCUCUCCUGUAGGAGGCUUAGCACAGGAGCAAUUGGAAAUUGGACCUGUCCCAAGCACUGGGGUGUGCUGGGACUGAAUGAUGGGUAGGGGGCUGGUGCAGUGAACAUAGAUCUCAACUGCUACUCCCAGCAGGGACACUUAUGUGCCUUCUCCCGCCCCGUGCAUGGGAUCAGGCUGAGGGCCUGCAGGAAUGAAUGAACAUUUUUGCUCUGCAAUGCACUAAUGGCAGCCUCGAUUGCGGAAGCACUCCUGACUGCCUCCGGCAGGGGGCGGGAGGGGACAGCGUUUGCAGAGGGAUGGCAGGAGGCGAGGUGCAGUGGGCCUAGGGUUGGAUUCAUAGGGACGUGGUCUUCAGCCACUGCAGAGGCAGAGGAAAAAAAAAAAGACAGAAUCUGAGGAUGGGCCCCUUGAGUGUAGGGCAAGCCCCACGAGACAGAACUGCUCACCUACAGCAGGGCUGCGGCCGUGAGCCCCUCUCUAAAGGUGCCGGCCACUCGAUUGAUCCUUCAUUGUGAGCAGCCAGGUCCUGUCCCAUUGUGGGCCCCUAGAGCAGGGGAACCCCACUGAUCCCCCCGCCCACGGCCCUGGGGCCUGCCUGCAGAGAGUUCCUAUAGCAAGGGAGAGCAGGGCUGUGGGUGCAUGGGGUGGGGCGUCCCAUUGCUGAGGCAGGCGGAGAAGUAGCAGCUCCCUCCCCUGUCCUGACUGGGGGGCAUGACCCCUCUGCCAUGGAGCAUGGCCAGCCUGCUGGCCGCUUGCCCCAUCUCCCUGCUAGCAAGCAGCAAUGGGACAAAAGCCACGUGGGCCAGCAGCGGGGCCCAGCCCUGCGGCCAUUGAAGGAGGUGAUGGAACUGGAGCAAGGUUUGGAAAAGCCAAGCUGGCUCUUCCUGUCACUAUGGCAACCUCACACCAGCCUUCUCCACUGCUGUUCCUGCUCUCACACUCUGGUUGCCUUGGAAACCCAUCCCAGCGUGUUUGGCAUCUCUGGAGCUCAUCGUUUAUUUUCAUAACACAGAGGCACCGGAGGGGGUGGGGGAUGGGCCAGCCAGGGCCCCCAGCUCAAUGACAGCAGGGUCAGCCACAGCACCCAGCUGCAGAGCAUGUGAGGAGGCACCAAGGUGCCGUUACGGAGCCACAGCCUGGUGUUGGCCCUGAGAGGGCAGUGGCUGCUCCUGGGGCCAGUUCCUCACAACUGGUGAUUUGUUUCUCAAAGCCCCAGCUCCCAGAGUCACAUGAGCAGGGGAGGAUCUCAGCUUUUAAGUUACUAGGCUCCCCUCCCCACCCCGAGGAGGGACAAGGGGGCAGAAAAAAAAUCUUGAAAACAUGAUGCCGAACUGGGAAGGCAAUGAAAAGAGCCCAACAUUGCUUAUUGAUUUAAAGUCUGAUGGGUUGUUUUUUGGGGGGCAAUCUGGUCAUUUGUUCAGGCCUGAUUUUUUUUUUAAAUGCAGGGGGCUGGUAGGCCGGGUUUAGAAUGCUGUAAAUCAUUUGUGAAAAGCUGUUGCAACAGACCCCUGAAAAUAGCCCAAGGACUCAUGUGGCACCUACCUGAGUCUAUAGGGUUCCCUGGAUAGAUCCAGCUUCUUGGACAAACCAUUAGUCAGUCACUGUUUCAUUCUCUCCUCUCACUGCAAAGGCCUAUGGGUAAUUGCAUGUAGCCACCUGAAUUGCAACACAAAUGUUUAGUAAGAUCAAAAGAACCUCCCAGGUCUUCCCCCCCAGCCCUUUGUAGAGGGAAACCCUCCCCAGCAUGGCCCCUCCACCCCCAACAGUCCUGCCCAGCCCCCAGCCAGGCAAAGGCUUCCCCAGUACUGCCCCAAGACUGGAAUGAACACCCCCCACCCCCCAAACUGUGCACCAUCACAAGAGUCACCAUCUCCUGCUCUAAGUGCAUGGUGCAUUUCUUUGACCUGCCUUCUCUAACAAACCUAUAAGGGAAGGGGAGAGUGUGUGUGAGAUAUAACAACACUCUACUGCCCUAACUUCUCUUCCUGGGGAGAGGAUGAGGGAACAAACACACUGAUGUUAGUCAAUGCAUGACCAGCAGGUAUAGAUACUACGGUGAUAAGCACGGCAUAAGAACUUGUAUAGAACAGAAUAGACUCAGCCCUGCUCAUGCCCUUGCAGGGUGAAGGCCUCUUUACUGGAAGAUUUAGGCUGUUACUGGCUGCACCUGGGCAGCAUCAGUGACCAAGAAGCCCUCUCAACCUCAUCCCAUCAUGGGUGCCCCUACCAGGAUGACCUCGCUUCCUUUCAGGCCAGUUGCUACAAGGCCCUCUACCAACAAGGUAGUGGCUUUGACUUCAGAGGGUGCAGAACACAGAUUAUGCAGCUGAGAACAUGGAACCAGUGCCCUGAGAGGUGAAGUCCCCAGAAAGCCCCAGCGGCCAGUUGAGUUCAGUCAGUGAUUGAGCUUCAGAGGCAGCAGAGGGUGAAAACGGCCCUCGCUCCUGGAUCCUUGACGCCACACAAGGCCAAGCCAUGAGCUAUCACUCCACCAUAGGGCACCUUCUAGUCCCAGCAGUGUAUACAGGACAGACCUCAGCCAGGUCUGUUUUAUCCUCCAGUUUAAUAACUGGGGCACUGUGGAGUGGGGAGGAGAGGAGACCCAGUUCCCUUGGGAGUUAAAUCUCUUCUCAGCAUUAGCCUCCCAGCGUGAUGUAUUUCAGGAAGGAGACAAACACCAGAUGGAGGAAGAGUUGUUUGCCAGGAAUGUGCUCCCAGUGUGCAGAGAACAGUUGGUGUGAGCGAGUGAGGGAGGGAGGGAGGCAGCAGAGCCUCUAUGGCGGCCCACCUUGUUUGUGUCCUUUCAGUGCCGGAGUUCAGUUCAGCAAGCAGAUAGGGAGGGGAUGGGCAGCGAAUUCCCCUUGUGAGUGCUCCAGCACCUCUCCCAAAGGACACAUGGCCUCCAGCCCCAGCUCCCUCUACACCAUCUGCUCCGGUCACCUCAUUGGAUUGCUGGUCCAUGGAACCAGGCAGCCCACUUCUGAGCAGAGACUGAAUCAGACUGUUCAUAGGAGCUAGGGCUGGAGAGUCCACCGUUGGUCCUUCCAAUUCAGGAUCCCACCUCCUGCCUCUCAGAUCAGAGCACUGGUCGGUCCCUUCUGAUUUCCUGCCUCUGCCAAUGGCCACUUGCCUUAGCAGGAGGUGGAAGCACCUGGUUGGUGGUGGGGCUGGGCAGGAUCUACCAGCCUGCAGAUGGGCAGGAGAAGGCAGCACCCAGGCAGGAGACUGCUCAGAGUUGCUGGAGGCACCACAGGAGGUUCUGUAGCAGUGAACUCACUGAGCAUGGCCUGUGAGGAGCCUAAGGCAUGGGAGGGGGGCAGGAUUCAGUCCAGGGCAUCAUCCAACACAGAGUUCUGCUCCAAUUCCAGCUGCCGGUCCCUCCGCUCGCGCUCUCAGCCCAUUCCCAGCUGGACUUGGGGCUGCCUUCUCCCUGACAGGCUGCAGCCGCCUGGGACUGAUUCCCGGCGGAAAGAGGAGGGAGUAGCAUCUAAAAGGAAUGACAAGCCAGGGAAGCCACUGUGACUGUGGCCAAGGGCAGCAUCCCAGUGGGAUCCCCCACCUUCCUGCUGUCUCACCAGCGUCCUCCUGUUUCCCACCUCAGGGAAUUUAUCACUCUCGCCCCUUGGCACUCUGCCCCAGUCACCUCCUCUCAUGCCUUAUCCCACGGACCGGGGAGGACAAAAGCCCCUUGCCUGAGGCUGACACCCCCGUGCUCCACACACACAGCUGUACAUGCAGGCCUGCUUGCUCACCCCCUCCCCCCGGAUAUACGCAGCCGGGCCUGCUUGUCCAUACCCACCAAGAAGGGCCCUGUGACUCAAGGACUUACAAAAGGAAGGGAAAGGGGGCCCUUUUUGGCUUCUUUGCAAUGCCUGAAAGCGGAGCUGCUUGUCUGUAAGGGGGUCUUGCCCUUUUGGUGCCUUAGAAAGCGUUGGCAAGACUGGACUGUUUUCCCAGAAAUCCCUGGAGUUUCCCAAACGAUUCCCUGCACUGGGUCAUUGCAGCUACCAAGGAAGAGAUGCCUGAGGAAAGGAGAGAGGGAGGGGCUUGAAUUGAAAGGGCUUUGGAAUGCUUUGUGUUUUUGCUGAUGCAGAUUUAACUCUGAGGCCCUACAACUAGUCCAGAAUGCUCAGUUUGUUGAAGGUUCAGCAGCACCUCCCGAUGCAAGCAGAGAUGAGGUGGGGGGAUGCAACCAUCCUGCUGUUGCCAAGGUCAGAGAUGAGCAAAACUGCCCUCCCCCUGCUUAGGGCCGCCUUACCCUCUCUCCAGCAGAAAGCUGCAAAAUGAGGCACAAGGCCCUGUGAUGAUUCCUGCAAUAUCUUUGAAAAACCCAACUGAAUUACGUUGAAGUGUCUUUGGAGUCUGUUGUAUUAAAAAUGCAAUGUUUGUGUGUGA